GCCAACCUGGAGAAGAUGUGUCGCACCAUGGAGGACCAGAUGAACGAGCACCGCACCAAGGCCGAGGAGGCCCAACGCGCCGUCAACGACCUCACCACCCAACGGGCCAAGCUCCAGACGGAGAACGGAGAGCUCUCCAGGCAGCUGGAGGAGAAGGAGGCCUUCAUCAACCAGUUGACCCGAGGGAAGCUCACCUACACCCAACAGCUGGAGGACCUCAAGAGGCAGCUGGAGGAGGAGGUCAAGGCCAAGAACGCCCUGGCCCACGCCCUCCAGUCGGCCCGUCACGACUGUGACCUCCUGCGGGAGCAGUACGAGGAGGAGACCGAGGCCAAGGCCGAGCUCCAAAGGUCCCUCUCCAAGGCCAACUCCGAGGUGGCCCAAUUGAGAAGCUCUGGUCUGGUUGACCUGGAGAAGGUUGGGUCAAGGCCUACAGAAGCUCUGGUAGAUCUGGAGAAGCUCUGGAAGAAGUUGGCCCAGAGGCUUCAGGAGGCCGAGGAAGCGGUGGAGGCCGUCAACGCCAAGUGCUCCUCCUUGGAGAAGACCAAACACCGGCUGCAGAACGAGAUCGAGGACCUCAUGGCCGACCUGGAGAGGUCCAACGCCGCCGCCGCCGCCCUGGACAAGAAGCAGAGGAACUUCGACAAGAUCUUGGCCGAGUGGAAGCAGAAGUUCGAGGAGUCGCAGACGGAGCUGGAGGCCUCCCAGAAGGAGGCCCGGUCCCUCAGCACCGAGCUCUUCAAGCUGAAGAACGCCUACGAGGAGGCCCUGGAGCGCCCAAUGGUCAACGAUGGCCAAUUGUCAACGAUGGUUAACGAUGGCCAACGGUCAACGAUGACCAAUGGUCAACGAUGGUCAACAAUGGCCAACGGUCAACGAUGGUCAACGGUCAAUGAUGACCAAUGGUCAACGAUGGCCUCCCUGGAGCACGAGGAGGGGAAGAUCUUGAGGGCCCAGUUGGAGUUCAACCAGGUGAAGGCCGACUACGAGCGCAAACUGGCCGAGAAGGACGAGGAGAUGGAACAGGCCAAGCGCAACCACCUCCGGGUGGUGGACUCUCUCCAGACCUCGUUGGACGCCGAGACCCGCAGCCGCAACGAGGCCCUCAGGCUGAAGAAGAAGAUGGAGGGCGACCUCAACGAGAUGGAGCUCCAGUUGGGUCACGCCAACCGGGUGGCCGCCGAGGCCCAGAAGCAAGUCAAGACCUUGCAGGGCUACCUCAAG